AUGCUCAGUCUAUUGUUGCAGAAUUUGCGUCUUCUCGGUGAGUCAGGGACUACCGUUGAUGUUGAGAAGAGGAGCACCUGCUUUGGUUGGUGGACCGUAGACAUCCUUGAUCGAGGCGAAGAAUUUCGUCCACUCGUUGCGGUCAGCGUGCCCUUGGAUCUCCUCGGCCGUGCGAGCCGCCCAAGCGUCCUGAAUCUCUCGCAGCCGCUGUCGCAAAAGGUGGUGACUACGGUAGAAGGCUGUUUUGUUGUCGUCCGUGGGACUUUGUGAAAGCGGUUCUUCUCGGUGAGCAAGUUGCUGAUGGCGGCGUCGUUGUCGUUAAACUAGUCCUGAUUUUGGCGACGUGCGCAACCGAGGACAGCCAGGACGGUCAAGAGGACUAUGUCGCGGAGUCGUCACCAUCGGUUCUCCAUGUGGGCGUUCUCCUCGAUGGCAGCGGCAGCGACGGCGACUGGAAUGUUGGCUAG